AUGGAUGCACACAUGGAUGCUCAGUUGACAACAAUUUGCAGUUCUUCUUCGGCUUUUCAUAUCGAAAUGGAGAACACAGUGAUGAAACAGGUUUGGUCCCAUGGUUGUUACUCUUUGAUCAGUAGAGAGUCAAGAACCAAGAUUGGUAUCCCUUCACCACCUUCGGUUUCGGUCAAUGGUAGUACUACCAAAAGGAAAAUAGAGAAAUCAUCAUCAACGGAGCUGAUUCCGCUGUGUGGAAUCAUCGUAUCUCUUGUAAUUCUUAACUUGGUAAUUAUACUUCAGGAUUUCUAUUCCAGUUUUCAUUGCGUAGUCAGUAUCUUCAAAUCAUUCCUACGAAUCCUUUCUUGUAUUUCGAAUACUUGUGCUGCAACAACAACUGCUAAACGUCGAUCAGUUGAAAUUAAGCCACCAAGAAAUCAAACAGAAACCGAUGAUCGAAAUCUCCCUUUAUUAGAAGUGAAAAAGGUGAUCCAAGGAGCUUUGUGGGACUUAGAAAGCUACAGAACUGAGAAGAGUCUUGGAGCAGAUAAAAUUGGUGGGCUGUUCGAGGAAGAGGAACCAAGUCUAGAGGAAGUUAAAGAAGCUUUUGAUGUAUUCGAUGAGAACAAGGAUGGGUUCAUAGAUGCAAAGGAAUUAGGGAAUGUCAUGUUUUCGUUAGGUUUCAUGCAAGCUUCGGAAGAUGAAUGCAAAAGAAUGAUCAAAGGCUUUGAUGAUAACUUUGAUGGACGGAUUGAUUUAACUGAAUUUAUCAAAGUUAUGGAGAGAAGCUUAUUCUGA